AAUUCUGACAAUUGUUUGUUUUGAAAAUAUUUUACCUAUUUUUUUGUUAUGGGGUUACUAUAAACACAUGUGUUUAAUAAUUAAAAUUAAUGUCAUCUAUUAUAUAAAUAAUUACCAACUAGGAUUCUAUAAGAAUCAAAUAGGUACAAUACAAUAAGUAUAUGUUGAAUAUAACCUAAAAGUAUUGAAAGUAGAAAAAAUGAGAUUAACUUUAAGAUUAUUGUCUUCCGUGAUAAAUAAAAGACCAUUCUAUAUUACAACACCAAUCUUCUACGUGAAUGCCGCUCCACAUCUAGGUCAUCUGUAUACAGCAGUUGUUGCAGAUGCAAUACAGAGGUUCGAGAAGUUAACAGAUCCCAACUGCAAUGUAAAAUUCAGCACUGGCACGGAUGAACAUGGAACAAAAAUACAACAGGCUGCGGCUAAAUCAAACAAGUCACUAAUAAACUACUGUGAUAAUAUAUCCAAAGAAUAUAGAGAAUUAUUCGAUGAAUAUGAAGUGGAAUACACAGACUUUGUCAGGACAACGGAGGAGAGACACAAGAAAGCCGUUUCUCAUUUCUGGAGAAAGUUAGUUAAAAAUGAUUACAUAUAUAAAGCAAAAUAUGCUGGAUGGUACAGUGUAAAUGACGAAGCAUUUGUGCCGGAAUCACAUACAAGGGAUGAAGUCACAGAAAAUGGGAAAAUCAAAGUAUCAAUAGAGUCCGGUCACAGAGUAGAUUGGACGGAGGAAACAAAUUACAUGUUCAGAUUAAGCGCAUUCAAGACACAUCUACACGAGUGGCUCAGUACAGACGGUGUGAUCGUUCCUACAAAGUUCCAAAAACAGUUGCAAGAUUUGGUGUCGAAAGACGCCUACCUUCCUGAUAUAUCAGUGAGCAGACCAGCUGAUAGAGUGCAUUGGGCUAUAAGGGUACCUGAUGAUGAGGAACAAAGUGUGUACGUGUGGUUGGAUGCUCUCGUGAAUUACCUCACGGUUUGUGGUUAUGGGGACGGAGAUUGUGCGGGAUGGCCAGCCGACGUGCAGGUUGUUGGGAAAGAUAUAUUGAAGUUCCACGGUAUUUACUGGCCGGCAUUUCUAAUGGCGUCCGGGCGUCACCCGCCACGCCGGCUCGUGUGUCACGCUCAUUGGACUGUAGAUGGAUCUAAGAUGUCCAAAUCGUUAGGCAACGUGAUCUCGCCUCGAGAGACGAUCGUGCCUGGCGCACUGCGGUACAUGAUGCUAAGGGAGGCUACUCUAGCUGACGACGCCAAUUUCAGCUCGGUCAAGUUGCUGAACAUUGCUAACUCUGAGUUGGCGGACACGCUCGGUAACCUCGCCGCGCGCGUCACGGGCACCGCUCUAAACCCAAGAGAGGAAUUCCCAGCCAAUAAGGGAUUACAACAUGAAUUGGCUUCGCGACUGAUGGACCAAAUUGAUAGAUUACCCGACGAAUGCCACACUCAUUACAGCAACUAUCAGUUCUACAAAGUGGUGGACGCCGUUAUGAAAGUCCUGCAUCUAGGAAACCUGUUCCUCGAGACUAUCAAACCCUGGGAACUGAAGAAGAUGAAACGGCAAGAGGAACUGGACGCCGUCAUUCAUAUCACGAUGGAAGCCUUGAGGAUUUGCUCGAUCAUUUUGCAUCCUAUAAUUCCGUCGCUGUCCAAUAAGCUGCUAGACAAACUUGGCGUACCCGAAGAUAGAAGGUUGUGGCGACACUGCCAAGGAGCGUGGAGAAAUGGGGCGAUGGAGACAAGGAAUAUCCAAAGUGGAAAAUUCGUGCUGUUCCCAAGAACAUACGUGGAUAAAAAAGACGCUAAGAAGAAGAAGGCUAAAUCUUAAUAUCUAUGGAUCAUUUGUUUCCCUGUGGUUUAUGUUACAGGUUUUUUGCGUAGAAUACUCUGAUUGGUUCCAAUCAAUCACUUAAUUUUGGUUCCAAUGAAAACACAAAAUUAACCGGCAUUAGUUGUAAAAUAAUCAAACUAGCGCAAUCUUCGCCAUCGAUGUUGUUAAGAAUUGUUAUUACAUUUCUGUUUGUUACUA